AGUGUCGAUGAGAUACUUUUUAUAAGUUUGUGCAAAAGUUAGACAUUUUGAAUGAGGGACGCUGAACGAAGGACACUGAAAGUAGGACACUGAAUGAAGGGCACUAACAGAAGGACACUGAAUGAAGGACACUGAUUGUUACUAUUUUCGGAUGUAUGCUGCAGGUACGCCGGGAUCGGUAGACGGGACCCAAAAUGAGCAGUACUACUUGCGUCUCCACCUUCUCCUCAUGAAGGCUGGCGACGUUUUCAGAUCCAAAUUCGACUCCAUUAUCACCCCAAACAAUUUAUUCCAUGAACUGAGAAAUCACAAACGCGAGAUUGAUAAAUUAAAGAAAGAUGGUAUACUUUCAAAUGCCCAAUACAAUCUGCUCAAUCCUAAUCCCGACUCAAGAAGGUUUGACGUCAGUCUGCUGAUUGUCCUACUCAGAAACAUUUGCAACUUGCAGCCAAACAAUCCUAUUUGGAAAGAGAAAGACAACAGCAAUAUAACGGACACCAUGCAUCCUGUCAUUGCAAACAUUGUGCGGAUAAGGAAUCUCCGAAACGAGAUGCAGCAUAAGCAUGUUGCUUAUCUGGACCAAGAAGAGUUCGAAGACAACUGGCGUCUGCUUGAACAUGCGAUGGUAAUACUUGGCAAGUCAUGUGGGCUGAACAACGUGAACGCUGAAAUAGAGGACCUGGCGACAAAAACUCUCGACCUAGUCACGCCAGAAAUGAAAAGCCUUCGAGAAAACACUAUUUGGUUCUUUGAGGAGAGCUGUAAUGAUGAAUUCUUCGUGGAAACUUCUCGUUUUAAAGACGCCAAUCGUUUGCUAAAAGAGAAACAUUUCAUCGUGCUAACUGGCCAUCCAGGUGAGGGGAAAACUGCCAUGGCAGCGAGGCUGGCCCUGGCUGACGGUACAAAGCCGGAAAACUGCGUGAAACUGGAGUAUGCAAGAGACUGGAGAAAAGUGGACUGGUCAUUAAAGCUGUUUAUUACGGUCAUUGUGGACGAUAUCUUUGGAGGCGGUGCACUCAAUCAGAAACUUCUUGCUGACUGGGAACCAUAUCUGCCUGAAAUGGAGAGAGCUGCUAGGCAGAAACGUUUGCGAAUCAUUAUUACCACCAGACACUACAUUAAAAAGGAGGCUAUGGAGGAACUGGACAAGCCCACACCAUUCGAUGACAAGGAGGGAUACGUUUUGCUUUUGUCGUCAACGAGGUAUUUGUCGUUUCACGAGAAGAAAAAUAUUCUAGUGUCAAGAGCAAAGAAAAACAAUUCUGAGAACAUGAUUACCACUCACCGUAUAAAAUAUGACGACUGUAUUAAAAAGGCAGAGGGAGUUAUGAAUUUGCAAAAAGAUCAAAGAGAAGAUUUUGUGUUUGGGUUUCCGCAAUGUGCAACCUUGUUCGUCAGAAGUGAGGAGUUGAUCAAGCUCGGCCCUGUUUUCUUCAGCAAACCAGAAAUACACUUUAAAACAUAUAUUGACCAGCUGUACAAAGGCAGGGAUAAAGAGCAGUUCCACAAGUUCUUGGCUUUGGUGGCUGUCUGGGCAGCAAAUAACAUGAGAAUGACAGAACACGAUUUAAGAAAUGCUAAAAAUGUGUCUGACCAUGUGAAAUUUGUUGCCAAUUGUUUUGGAAUUGAUGUUACCAACUCAUUUCUGGAAACAUUAAAGUCAUCUCUGAAAAGCCAUUUUAAUGACCUGUUGCUGUUGAUCGAUCGUUCGGGGGAGUACACAUUCAGUCACAAUGUAAACGGGGACAUGGUUGGGGUGGUUCUUGGAAGCCACAAACUUCUUGAAUGCAUUGAACUGUGCCCAAGAGACUUUCUGAUGGAACGCGUAACAAUCGAACCAGCCAGAAAGGAUGAGCUUCGUGUUGUAGUGCCUAAGAAACACUAUGAUACUCUGUGUGAAAAGUUUGCAAAAAAUAUUGGUAAAACAAACUGCAAUCUUGUGACAAAGGAGCCGCCACAUGACGAAUUCCAACAGCUCCAACGUAAAGGUCCCCGCCCUAGCACUGUUCAUGUACUCAAUGGCAUUGACUUUGGUUUACUUAAACACAGCGCAUUUAAAAACGAAGGUUUCGUGAAACAAUUCAUCAGGUACAUCCGGGAAAAUCAUCUAGAUCAGGAUCUUUUCACUGUUCCUGUAAUGAAAAUGACAGGGUACUUUCUAAACUACGGGAUCAAAAUGACAGAAAUGGUCAUGUACCUUCCGGGUUAUACGCUAUACAGUGGACUGAUUGUGUUGGCAAAGGAGUUGAUUGGGCAAGAAGUUUUUCCAAAGGAACAAAUCGAUCCACUUCUGCUGGCAACACAUUUCGGUGAUAUUGACAUGAUGAAAUUACUUUUGAGACACGGAUCAAAAGUUUCAGGAGACACACUCUGUGUAGCGAUGCAUAAAAGAAAAGGAAGCACGUUUGACUCAAACGAGGUUCUCGAUACAAUAGUUGAAUACCAAGGUAUAGAUAUCAAUGACAAAGGAAACGCCGUUAAUGGGAAUUAUCCGUUGAUUGUUGCCGCCAGAAAGGGCUUUACCUAUGAAGUGAAAUGUCUAUUGCAGCAUGGCGCUGAUCCGUCCGUGAAAAAUGAUAAGAACCUGACGGCAUUGCACAAGGCAGUUAUGUAUAAGCACUCCCAUAUAAUUCAACUUCUCAUUGACCAUGAUUCGCCAUUGGACGAAAAGGGUGGAACAUUUCAGAGGACGCCUCUUCAUAUCGCUGCUGAUCUUGGUAUGAGUAAAAUAGUUAAACAAUUAUUGAAAAAAGGCGCAAACGUGAAGAUAAAGGACAAUUGUGGCCACUAUCCGAUAUUUCUGGCAGCCAUCGGCGGACAUUUUGACACAGUGAGGAUUCUUUUAAAGCAUGACAAAAGUCAAGAUAGUCUUCGGAUUGCACAUUCCAACAAGACAUGUUCCAUCAAGGGCAUGUCAUUGAUGCAUGUAGCAGUUUGGAGGAAUGACCGAAAUCUGAUCCAGCUGCUAAUCGACGGGAAGGCAAACCCAAAUUUGAAGGAUUUCUUUGGCCAGACCCCGCUGUUAUAUGCAAUCAUGACAGGCAAGAAGACUGCAACGCGCCUUUUGUUGAAAUAUGCGGAUAAAACAGUGCCUCAGAAACAGGGAUUCACGCCAUUGCACGCUGCCAUUAUCAAGGAAAAUUUCAAACUUGUAGCCAAACUUGCCGCUGAAGUAAAUGUCAAUGAGGUUGACAAAUACGGUCGGACACCUCUGCAUGUUGCGUGUGAAAAGGGGGAUAUAGACGUUGUUAAUCUGUUGCUAAAGAAACACAAUGCAGAUCCGCUAAUCAUUACAAAUCAAGGAGACACAGUUUUCCAUAUCCUGAGACAAACUGAAAGAAACAAAAGUCACGAGGAACAUUGUAAGCGCCGUUUAAUUGAAGAGCUUAUAAUCGAAGCUCAUCCAGCAAUAUUUGAUCGUGUAAAAGGUAUGCCGAACAACAAUGGAGUGUAUAUUACAGACGGUCCAAAACUAGCCUCGAAGGACCUGAAAACAAUCAAAGAUUUAAAACAAGCGAUAAAUUGCGACUUUGACGACAUACUCGAUGACGACGUUGAUGAUGUUAGGUCUACAGAAAGUAAUGUAACGCUAUUGCACGAUUCGCUAAAUAAUUUUGUAAAUGGAAACUAUUAUGAUGCAGACGAUGAAGACGAAAAAGAUUCUGAAGAUGGGAUGGAAUAGUCUUAGAUUUCGAGCUGUACAACAAUGACGAUAGGUAUUUCAUCGAUAAGGACAUGUUCAAAAUGACCUUCAAAACAUUGUUCUUAGUUUCCAGCUGAAACGUCCUUGUAAAUUGUUAUAAUAGCAUAUGUUUAAGACGGGAAGUGGCUUUACAUUACGUUUUGCCAAAUUGAGACUUUGUUUUGCGUCAUUUGGCUGGUAGAUUUAAGCUUUUUCAAUCCGAAAACAACAUAUUUUUAAUGAUCGCACUAAAACAUACAAAUGUACAUUUAGUAAUAAAAUAAAUUCAGAAGUA